AUGGAGAGUGAGAAAGUAAUCCAUGUCCAAGCAAAUAACAAUUCAUCAGAAGACAACAACACAAGGUCAUUUCCCUGUUUAUAUUGUUCAAGAAAGUUUCACAGUUCACAAGCAUUGGGAGGACAUCAAAAUGCUCACAAGAAAGAAAGGACAGCAGCAAGAAAGAACAAGAGAUCAAUUAUGUCAUCUCAUCAUCAUCAUGACUAUGCUACUAACUUCUCUUCACUACUCCCACAAGGCACACCUCUUGUUUUUGCACCUAAUCAUCAUCCCAUUGGCCUUAUAAAUCAUCCUUCUCUUUACAUUACUGCUCAUGCAGCUAACUUUUGCCACUUCCCACCUGGUCAACAACAAUUUUCUAGCAGAUCAUUUGGAUCAAAUGGAGCACCAAGGUUUGAGAAUAGUAAUAAUAAUAAUAACGCCACAAUGCUCUAUCGAAAUCAAUUUGGGAACUAUAUGAAUAAUAAUAAUAAUAAUAGUAACCUGUAUAUGUGCAACGAUGAUUUCUUUGAAGAAUGUCAAGAGAAUGUACCAACUUUUGUUAAGGACGAUAGAGAUCAGAAGAUUGAUUUGUCACUACAUUUAUAA